AUGGCUUUGACCAGAUUUCACAACCCUUUCAAUCUUUCCUCAUCUAGUUUGUCAAGAACAUGUUUCCCAGUUCCAGCUUUUCGGGAAUACCUAGUUGAGAUUUCGCCUUGUCAAAGGAUUGGUUGUAAUUUUGGAGGGAAAUCAGCUUGUGGGCGGAGGAAGAAAUUGACCCAAGUGAAAGCCGCUGUUACUGAAGCGCCGCCGGCGGAAGGGGCAGCUGGAGAAAUCAGCAGGAGCUUACCAACGAAGAAUGUUCGGAUACUUGUGGCUGGUGGUGGAAUUGGGGGUUUGGUUUUUGCUUUGGCGGCGAAAAGGAAAGGUUUUGAUGUGGUGGUUUUCGAGAAGGAUAUAAGUGCGAUUAGAGGAGAAGGGCAGUACAGGGGACCUAUUCAGAUACAGAGCAAUGCUUUGGCGGCUUUGGAAGCCAUUGAUUUGGAUGUUGCUGAGGAAGUUAUGAGAGUUGGUUGUAUUACUGGUGAUAGGAUUAAUGGUCUUGUUGAUGGAGUUUCUGGAAAUUGGUACAUCAAGUUUGACACGUUCACUCCUGCAGCAGAACGUGGACUUCCAGUCACUAGGGUAAUCAGUCGAAUGUCAUUGCAACAAAUUCUUGCUCGUGCUGUGGGUGAUGAUGUGAUUAUAAAUGAUAGUAAUGUUGUUGACUUUGAGGAUAGUGGAGAGAAGGUAAAGGUGACGCUUGAAAAUGGGCAGCAACAUGAGGGUGAUCUCCUGGUCGGAGCAGACGGUAUAUGGUCAAAGGUUAGGAAGAACUUAUUUGGACACUCAGAAGCAGUAUAUUCUGGCUACACUUGCUAUACAGGUAUCGCAGACUUCAUUCCAGCUGACAUCGAAACUGUUGGGUACCGUGUGUUUUUGGGACACAAACAAUACUUUGUUUCCUCAGACGUCGGUGCAGGAAAGAUGCAGUGGUAUGCAUUCCAUAAGGAACCACCUGGUGGCGCUGAUGCCCCUAACGGCAAAAAGGAGAGACUGUUCAAAAUUUUUGAAGGUUGGUGUGACAAUGUGACAGAUUUGAUUCAGGCCACUGAUGAAGAUUCUGUUCUUCGACGUGAUAUAUAUGAUCGCACACCCAUUUUCACAUGGGGUAAGGGUCGUGUAACUUUGCUUGGGGAUUCUGUACAUGCCAUGCAGCCAAAUAUGGGCCAAGGGGGAUGCAUGGCUAUUGAGGAUGGUUAUCAACUUGCACUUGAGCUGGAUAAAGCAUGGAACGAAAGUGUAGCCUCAGGAUCUCCUAUUGACAUUGUUUCGUCGUUGAAGAGUUAUGAGAGUAGUAGAAGAAUACGGGUUGCUGUAAUUCAUGGAAUGGCAAGAAUGGCUGCAUUAAUGGCUUCCACUUAUAAAGCUUAUUUGGGAGUUGGACUUGGCCCUCUUUCAUUUUUGACACAGUUCAGAAUACCACAUCCAGGGACGUUUGGUGGAAGGUUUUUUAUUGAUCUGGCAAUGCCCUUGAUGCUCAAUUGGGUCCUUGGCGGUAAUAGUUCAAAAUUAGAAGGGAGGCCACCAGCUUGUAGACUCUCAGACAAAGCAAAUGAUCAGUUGCGAAAAUGGUUUGAGGACGAUGAUGCCCUAGAGCGAGCUAUUAACGGAGAUUGGUUUUUAUUACCACAAGGAGGCGAAGCUAGCGUUUCACAGCCUAUUUGCCUACGCAAAGACGAGAACCAACCCUGUUUAAUUGGAAGUGUGGAGAAAGAAGUAGAUUCAGGGUUAUCGGUCGCUAUACCGUUGCCUCAGGUUUCAGAAAAGCAUGCCCGUAUUUAUUACAAAGAUGGGGCCUUCUUCUUGACUGAUCUGAGAAGUGAACAUGGCACUUGGCUAUCUGAUCACGAAGGACGGCGGUACCGUGCACCCCCGAAUUUUCCUGUGCGCUUCCAUCAAUCUGACUUAAUUGAGUUUGGUUCUGAUAAGAAGGCAAGAUUUCGUGUGAAGGUGAUAAGAUCUUCAGUUGAAAAUGAUAGAGAGAAAGUGGAGAUGAACUCAUGA